AAUAAGAAGAAAGUUUGGGAAGAGGAAAGGGGUGAGUAUAAAUUAUAAUGUGUGGUUAGUUUCCCUUCCAGCGGGGCGGGGAGGGGAGGGAAGGGGAAAGGAAAGGAAAGGAAAGGAAGAGAAAGAUAAAGAGAUAGAAGAGUAUGAAGGGCAUGGCGAUGGCAGGCGUACCUUUAGCAGCACCUCCGGCCUCCGCCUGCAUCACUCACAAGCAAUCCAACAUCUUCUUCUCGUCUACGCCUUUGAAUGAUAAACGAACAUUUAUGACUACUUGUUCUUCUUCUUCAAGCAGCAGAGGGAAGUCACGAAGCGUUAGGGCAAUCAAAGAGGAAACACAGAGUGAGAGUAGUUCACCAGAUGAUGUAACUCAGAAAUACGGUCUUGAAGCUGGUUUAUGGAAGAUAUUUAGCUCAAAGGGGGAAGAUAACAAGAUGGAGAAAUCAAAAGGAGAGCAAGCCAAAGAGCUGUUGACCAAAUAUGGUGGAGCCUAUCUAGCCACCUCGAUCACUCUCUCUUUGAUCUCCUUUUCACUAUGCUAUGCCCUCAUUACUGCUGGUGUUGAUGUCCAAUCCUUGUUACAAAAGGUGGGGAUUUCAGCUAAUGAAACUGGAGAGAAGGUGGGGACUUUUGCAUUGGCAUAUGCUGCACAUAAAGCUGCAUCGCCUAUAAGAUUCCCGCCUACUGUAGCACUCACGCCGAUUGUUGCUAGUUGGAUAGGCAAGAAAGUUGAUAAAGAUAAUUAGCUGAAUGAAUCAUAUAUUCUAUAUGUAAAUGCAUUUGCUACCGGCUUAAUACACUGUAAAUCUAUUGGAUUCAUAGGCAACACAAAAUCCAUAAUGAGCCUGCAAAUUUGCUAAUGACAAUACUACUAAGUUACUAGCUAGUAGUGCAAAACAUGCAAUCA